CUAUUGCAGCGGUGGCACUUUCGGCAAAUUUAUCGAUAGGAGAAAUCACGUCAGCGGGUAUUGGUGUCGGGUUAAUGGUAUUUAUUCUUGGCAUUACUAGGACCAUUAGAAUCAUCGAAAAGUGGACACCUAUUCCGAUAGUCAGGGGUAUUCAAAUGGGAGCGGGCAUAACAUUCAUCAUAAACGCUGCUGGUCUAGUUCAAAAACAUGGGAAAUGGGGCGGUGGUUCGUGGCUAUGGAAUGACAACUAUGAGUGGGCUAUUAUAUCGUUCAUAUUCAUAUUUUCAUUCUAUUCGUCUAAAAGAAUACCGACGGCAUUAAUUCUAUUCAUUGUCGGACUGAUAAUUGCCCUAGUAAAAAUCUUUACAUCUAAUGAUAAUAAAUUGCCAUCAAUCUCGUUUAAUCAUCCUGAAAUCGUUGUCCCAACGCCAGAGGAAUUUAAGACCGGAUUUCUCAGUGCAUCUCUCGGCCAACUUCCACUGACAGUUCUCAAUUCUAUCAUUGCGUUGUCAGCAUUAGCCGACGAAUUGUUUCCAGAAUG